AAUAUCGUUAAUCUAACUAAUCUGGAAAUCCUGUUACUUGAAAGAAAUAGACUGACACUGUUGCCACCAGAAAUAUCCUUACUUCAUAAACUGACAGGACUGGAUGUCAGCCACAACCAGUUACCAUGUCUCCGUAUAGAAUUGUCAAAGCUUCUAAAUAUUAAGGAACUUAAUCACAACAAUAUUGAAACAUUUCCUUUUGCAUUGAAAAAACUUGAAACUUUAGAGCUUGCAAAGAACAAGCUAAAAACUUUGCCAGAUACCAUGGCUGACAUGAAAAAUUUAAUACUCAACAUUGAUUCCAAUCAAAUCUCAGUAUUUCCAAGGGUUCUCUGCUACCUUCCUCACCUAGAUAUUAAAGAGCUUAAGAAACAACAAGAAUUUUCAAUUAGUAACAAUAAGUUUAUAUUUUUGCCUGUGCAGCUUUUCUGGUUGACAAAACUAAAAGAACUCAGGGUUGAUGAUAACAAAUUGCAGUUUCUUUCAGAUAAAGUGGAGAAUUUACGAGAACUUAGGUUUUUGAACCUUGCAAAAAAUCUAUUCAAAAGCAUUACAGAUAAUCUUUGCAACUGUACCAUGUUGACGCAUCUCAUUAUACAUAAUAAUCAAUUAACCCAUCUUCCUGCUAAUAUUCCCAGACUUAAACAUUUCAAGGAGUUUUCUUUAAGUAGAAACCGACUGGACUCACUGGAUGAAGAAAUACUACAUUUAAAAGACCUCUCCAAAAUAGAGUUUUCUGGAAACACAUUAACACAUUUUAUUCCUGUUGAAUUAAAAAAUUGUAUACGGAUAACCAAAGCUGACCUCAGCAUUAAUAAGCUCUCUCAGCUUCCAAAUGCAUUCCUAACAAAACUAGUUUACUUGGAUGUAAGUGAGAAUGAAAUCGAUAGCACGCCGGCAGCGGUGUCCGAGGUGAAGGCUCUCCAGGUACUGCUGUUACACCGUAAGAAGUUUGACUCAUUUCCCGAAGAACUGUUUUCUUUGAAGUGUUUAAAAACACUUGAUAUUUCAAAUAAUCAGGUAAAGAGUAUUCCUUUCCAGAUUAGCAAUCUGGAAGUGAUCAAAGGCCUAAAUGUAUCAAACAACCAGUUUCCAUCUUUUCCUCCUGAAAUAAGUCAUCUUUCUUCACUGGAGACCUGGACAUUAACUGAAGUUCCAGAGGAGCUUCCUGAACUGGUUUGCCUCAGGGAACUGGACAUAUCUCACAAUGCAUUAAAGGAAAUUGCAGACAGCAUAGGGGAACGGGAGUAUGAGGUCCGUUUAAUUGCAAAUAAUAAUGGUAUCAGCCAGCUCUCCAAAUCUAUUACAUCACUGAGAAAUCUACAGCAACUUGGCCCGAGCAGUGAGUAUCAGGCAUUCACUCCAUUAGUAAAAUGUAAGCAUUGA